GUUGUUGUAGACUGCAGGAAUCAAUCUAUUUCUGAUGAUCUCAUAGUAAAAAUUGGUGACCUGGUAAAAAAGGGUGUCAAUACUAUUUCUGAAAUGAGGCGACAUCUAGAGUUUUUUGUUCAUCGAGAAAUUACUUCUGACAAACCACAAAAGACAAACAAACGUUUCUUUCCAAUGGAUAAGACAAUUCGAAAUCAUAUGCUCAAUGCAAGAAGAAAACUUCGUAGAUCUAUGAUAGAUCAAAAAUGUUUGCUUGAAAAAAUUAGUGAAUGGAAAAUAGUCUUUCAUGAGGCAAUGAUAAAAUUUAGACCAAAAGGUGUCAACAUCAUUGAUAAUAUUGAUUCAAAGCUUAAGGAUUCAUUAUUGUUCGUAUAUCAAGACAUGUGGCAGAAAAGAUUACUCUUACGGUAUGGACCUGAACUAGUUUUUCUUGAUGCAACAUAUCACACAACUAGAUACGCUCUUCCACUAUUCUUUCUGGUUGUUAAAACUAAUAUUGAUUACCAGGUUGUUGCCAUUUUUGUGUGUGAGAAUGAGACCACAGACGCCAUCACAGAAGCAUUAAUGUGCAUUAAGGAAUGGAACCCUAAAUUUCAACCAAAAUAUUUCUUAACUGAUUAUUCAAAUGAAGAAAAAACUCAUUGGUGUUCUGUUUUAAUUUGUGACUUUCAUCGAGAGCAAUCUUGGGAACGAUGGCUUUCUAAAACUGCUAAUGGUUGUUAUAUGGUAAAAGAUGCAAUUAAGUUAAAACUACAUCAAAUUGCUCAUGCUAAAACAGAAGAAAUUUGCCAAAAUGCUGUUAAUUCAUUAAAAGAAUCAGAAGAGUGGAAAAAUAACCCAAAACUAGCUGAUUACUUAAAUAGCACUUGGUUAUGUAAUCAAAAGAGAUGGGUGUUUGCCUACAGGCGACAACGCUUAUUGCGGAGUAUCAAUACUAAUAAUGGCACUGAAAGACAAAACCAAUCUUUUAAAUAUAGUUUUUUAGAAAAACGGAAAACAUCAUCUCUCACAGCUAUGCUUUGUAUUUGUAUUGAGGAAUUCCUUCCUCACAAUUACGACAACUAUGCAGAUAAAAAUAGAAGACAUCCGGAAUCCUCAUUUCAGUCUAAUAGCAGAGAAACUUACCAAUGCUAUCUUGGUGAUGCUGAUCAUUUGCCAAGUUGUACUUGCUCUUCUUGGCUAUUUAGUGCUUAUCCAUGCAAACAUUUUUUUUCCAUUUUUCUCAAGUUCAAUCUUUCCUGGUCUGAUUUUGAUCCAUCUUAUGGAAGUUCACCAUAUUUUAUCAUUGAUCCCUUAUCAGAUAAAAAUAAUCAUUCAACAACGUUUCAUUUUACACGUUUGCCUACUGAAGAUAUAUCUGAAAAUAUCAAUGAGAAGCCUCUUGAUGAUGCCAAACCUUGGGAAGUGUCUAAAUAUAAUCUUCAGGCAGUCAAAAUAAAGAACAUGGUCAAUCACAAGUAA